AUGUCAGUUGCUGGUGCCGGUGCCGCGCCGUGGAAGCUGGGGUUCCGGUCGUCCAAGGCGUUUGUGAUUUCCGUGGUGGCGAUUGCGGUGUUCACGGAUAUCUUUAUCUAUGGCAUGAUCGUGCCCAUCCUACCGAUUGUGCUCAAAACACGUGUGACUGUCCCAGACGAUGAACUUCAAAAAUGGAUGUCAAUCAUGCUUGCAGCGUUUGGUGGGGGCAUAUUCUUCGGGUCUCCGAUAUUCGGGUACUUUGCGGAUCGAAGCACCUCGCGACAGCUUCCGUUUCUGAUCGGACUGCUUGCGCUUGCUGGGACGACUAUCGUUUUCUGGUUCGCGGAGACGGUCUCGUCGCUGGUCAUUGCGCGCAGUCUCCAGGGACUGUCGGCGGCCGUGGUCUGGACAGUGGGUUUGGCCCUUGUUGUUGAUACAGUGGGUAAGGAUCAAGUGGGAGUCGCAAUGGGAUAUGUGUCCAUGGCUCUGACCGUGGGGACUGUCUUUGGUCCGUUUAUUGGAGGCAUUAUGCUGUCGCGAGUGGGCUAUCAUUCGGUGUUUGUAUUGGCGAUUGGGUUGAUUGUCCUGGAUAUUAGCCUUCGGCUUGUGAUGAUCGAACGCAAAUCUGCCUCUAAAUGGAUUCAAUCGGACGAGAGCGGCGAGACAGAAGGUCUGCUGAGUGGCGCGGAGGGAGAGCAUGGCACUGGAUAUGCUGCUAUUACGGAGAAUGCCACCGAUCAGACGUCUGCCCCAGUUGGCGAGCCGCUGUCCAGCGGGAGGACCACGUCCGUACCCGGAAUUGUUCGCUUGAUGUGCUCGGGCAAAUUGAUGGUCGUCCUCUUGGCAACCGUAGUGGAUGCGAUUAUCUGGUCCUCUUUCGAUACGGUGCUUCCACUGUAUGUGAUGAAAACAUUCGGCUGGGGAUCUUUCGAGAUCGGCUUGUGUUUCCUGCCGCUAUUUGUGCCGUCAUUCCUCUCUCCAUGGGUUGGCGAUGCUGUUGACCGCUGGGGAGCACCGCGGAUCGCUUUCCUCGGCUUCCUGCUCGAUUUCCCUACGCUGCUGCUUUUCCAGCUCGUCGCACGGAACACGACUCAGGAUCAGGUCCUCCUCUAUGUGUUCCUCUGCUUCGCAGGAGUUGCGUCCACGCUGCAGAUGGUUUCUCUGAUGACGGAGGUCAGCAACGUUACGGAGCGGUACGAGAAGGAGUUCCCCGGCAUCUUCGGGCAGCAGGGGGGUACUGCGCAAGCCUAUGGACUGUUCAACGUAGCCUGGUCCGGCGGACAGGUCUUGGGACCGCUGGUUGCGGGUCUCCUCGUCGAACGAGCUGGUUGGACGACCAUGGUGACGGUGUUGGGAGCUGUCAGUGGAGGAACGUCGGUGGUGAUUGCUCUCUCGGAUCGGAGGGUGCUGCCACUGCAGAAGAAAAGGUGAUGACUCAUGAUUCACGAUUCACGAUGCUCAAAGCUGCAAUGAUGUGCAUGGAUGAUGACGAUUGACGGAUCGAAGAGGUGAUGGGUAUUGUUAUCGACAGUGAUUGCCCGAUAAUCAUGUGUUGUGUAA